CUAUUCUGGACGCCCUCUCCGCUACCGUGGCGAAGUUUGGUCUGCUUGACGUGGUGAUCAACAACACAGGAUACGCCCUUAUAAGAGACACCGAAGCUAUAUCUAAAUCGGAUGCUCAGGUUUAAAUGGAAACUCUCCUAGUCCAAAUCACCCAAGAGGCGGUUGUAUUUUUAGAGAAGUGUAUCGUUCAAGCUUCCUCCAUUGGCGGUUACUUGACAUUCCCAGGCAGCUCAUUCUAUCACGCUGGCAAGUUUGCGCUCGGUGGAUAUUUGCCCAAGAGGUGGACCCCAGCUGGGGAAUCAAACUUUUGGUGGUUGCCCCGGGUGGCAUCAAGACCAAUUUCAGCUCAAAUGUGCAGCUCAAGAACCGUCAUCCUGCUUAUGAUACCCCAACAAGCCUGUUUAGCCGACUGAUUCGGUAUAUAAUAAGCUCGGCUAUUCAGGACAGCUUUUCUCGGGCGGUUAAAAAAGGACAUAAGGAAGUGACUUGACGUGCUGGAAAGGAUCCUUAUCCUUAUCUCAUCCCUUGCGAGCGGAAUCAUCAAUGUUGACUAUACUAAUGGCUGC